UUGGAGAGGCUUUCGUGAGGAACAGUGGACACUGCCCAACAUGGUGACAUGUCACAUUUAUGGGAUGGGUGUAUUUGACUGAGCAGCCAAGUGCUGUAUUUUACUGAGCUGCUUUUUCAUUUAAGGAACAAAGGGUUCUUAGUUCUCCUUUCACACAGAGAGAAUUGGGGGGGGCAGAUUCAAACAAAUCUGAUUUAAUUUAAGACUACAAGAAGUAUACAAAUGUGCAAGUAUACAAGUAAGUUUCAUAUUAUGCUUCACACCAUUUCAGAGAAAUGCCUCCUUCAAAAUCUUAAUUUUAGCAACCUCUGUCCCGAUUCUCUGGUUUCCUCAACUCCACAUUGAAAUGAGUUUUUGCCUGGUUUCAUUCCUCUUUCUGAAGAACCACUGCUCUCCCACACAGCCAUCAACUUCUGAUAUUUAUAAUGAGGAGAAGGGAGGGAUGAUGUAAUCUAUUUCUGAGUGGGUAUAGCUGAGUUCCACCUCUUUUCACCCCGUUGAUAAGGGAGCCUCCUUAGAAACAAAGAAAAGAGAAACUAAACAGAGAAACUGGAGAAGAAAUAACCAAAGAACUAAGAAAGAAAUGAUAGUUUGAUGGAUAGUUCUUAGCUUAGUCUUUUGUAAAGUUCUAACUAGAACCUUUAUCUAUCCAUUAAACUAUUUAAGAGCCUAUUGUUACUGAAAGCAUGCUCUUUUACUCAUUUUUCUCCUAUUUGUGUGUAGUUUCUCUUUUCUUUGUUUCUAAGGUGGCCCCCUUAUUGACAGUGUUAAAGAGUAGAAACUAAUGCAAAAUUGGGGAAAUAAAAGUAAAAAGUAUACUUUAAAUAAAAAGGGCUCUUUGAUAGGUUGAUGGAUAGUUAAUGGUUCUUUGUUUACUAAUGGGGUUGUAUUUGGAAACCUCUUUAAUUAAGCUAAUAGGCAGAAGGUUCCACAUGGAACUUUUAAGGGUUCACCCAAAUGUUUUUUUUUGUUUUUUGUUUUUAUUCCUAAAAGGUUCUAUAUUUAACGUAAAAGCAAAGCGUUUUGUAAGUGUAUUAGGCUACUGAUACAAUUUGUAUUAUACUGAUACACUGUUUCUGUGGUUCACUUUGCCUCCUGCAUAUGUUGGGAAGUUGAACUGAGACUGUGGAGGAAUCCAUCCACUUAUCUCUUUAACCCCCCUGUCCAACCAUCCAUUAACACCACCCACCUCUACAUAGCUCCCUGUCCCGAUGGACUGCUGCUGGGGGCACGUAGGGAAGGGUUGCCAGAUAUUUUUUUCAAUUACACAUUAUUUUGAAUAGUUUGUUUACACUGUGCUGGGAAAUAAAUCCGUGGUAUAAAAACAUCGUGUUCUGGUCUGGGAUGGUCUGAAGUCGCUUGGGGUGGGGUUUAACGCAAAGAUCAAUAGAGUAUAAGAGUCAAUAGAGUCAAAUCUGGCAACCUGGGCAGAAGAAAACGGAGACUACACUGUGGAACGACGACAAAGGGGUCAAGCUUAAUUCCCAAUGCAGUCCAGAACCAAUCGCUAGUGUGUUUGAGUGCUCUCUUUAAGUUUAAACCACUUUUCUUGCACGGAUACAAUUUUCUUGGAGAUUUGGGAUUUUCUCGUACUUAAAGAGACUUUUCUGGGAGACAUUGUCAUUGCCGGAUUGGACUGUGCGUUAGUUUCAGGAUGAGCACCAGCGAGGGUCUUUUUUGCUCGGCUUUGCAGCCACACAUAGCCGUGAGCACAUACGCAGUACCGAAUGAUCGCGAGCUCACCGCGGACCGGCAGGCGAAGGAGAAGCGCGUGCAGCAGCAGGUCCAGCAGCGGCUCGCGGAAAAAGCGUCAUCAGAAUAUAGUGGAAUAUCCAUGAAGGGGUACAACAGCCAGGGGACUGGAAUCAGCUCUAAGACACUUAUGUACAAUGGCAGCAGAAUAACAAAGCCACGUUUGCAUCAGGUUGCUGGAGAGUUCAGCUCGCGCUCAGCUGUGGAAAUGGGCACACAGCGCAAGGUCAGCAUUGGCACUCCCAUGCCCGCUGUUGUGGGCAACCCAUACAGAUAUUAUGAUGACACCUACAUUGGAGGGCAUCGUAUUGGCCAGGUAAAUCAAGUGGAGCAGGAAGCAGGUUUGCAAUUAAUGCAAGGGCAGCAUUCUCCCAGUGGCAACUGGGUAACUCAGGAGGGUCUGACCUCCUCUGAGCAUCGCUCCUACUAUGGCCAUAGCCCAUUCGCCAGUGUGUCGCCUAUGAGACGCAGCCUCAGUGGUACGCUAGUGCAUGAUGGUAUUGGCAGAGGAUUGAAGGAGGCAGAUCUUGCUCAUCAGUAUUCGUCCAAAGGCCCAGCCCACCGCACCCUGAUGCGCAUGAAUAACCGACAGACGCCGCACCAGAGGAUGGGCAACAGCACUAUUCAGUGGCAGCAGGCGUCCUCUGGGGGCAGCACCAUGAUGGCCGGAGGGCAGUAUUCUAGUAUGAUGAGACGAGCAGGAUCACUGCACAGCCUGAAGAGCGUGGGCCAAGGGGUGGAUGUGUGUGACGCAUUGGCCAAUGGCAGAGACAUUUCUGGAGGAAUCCACAGCCUCGAUAUGUCAACUGCAGUCAGUUAUCUCAGCUCAACAGAUGUUGCCAUGCAAAUGCUUGGGGCCGCCUACAUUCAACAUCAGUGUUACCAUAGCAAUGAAGCCAAGGACCUGGUACUAAAUCUGAAGGGGAUCCCUGCACUGGUGCAACUAUACAGCAGUGAGAACCAGGAAGUGCAACGGUAUGCUACAGGAGCCACACGCAACCUCAUCUACGAGAACAUGGAAAACAAGAUGGCGCUGAUUGAGGCUGGUGGUAUCAGCAAAUUGGUGUCUGCAUUGAAAGAGCCAGAUGAUGAACUUUGCAAGAAUGUUACAGGUAUUUUGUGGAACCUGUCGUCUAAAGACAGUUUGAAGGAGAAGUUGGCGAGGGAGAGUCUAGCCGAGCUGACCGAGCGAGUGCUGAUUCCUCUCUCAGGAGGUGGAGACUCUGGAGUUAUCCAGCAGAGCAAGUCUGAAACAGACAUAUUCUACAACACUACAGGAUGUCUUAGAAACCUGAGCUCAGUGAAUGGAAGGACCAGGCAGCAGAUGAGGGAUACUCGUUGCCUUGUGGACUCUCUCGUUGGAUACAUACAGAACUCUCUGCAGGAGGGCAAGGUUGAGGACAAGGGUGUAGAGAACUGUGUGUGUGUCCUGAGAAACCUGUCCUACCAGCUGUACUCUGAGAUCCCCACAUCAGUGCAGCAUCGUUUGGAGGGUCCAACACGAGCUCAGGACACAAAACACGGAGACGCCAUCGGCUGUUUCAUGCCACAGAGCAAGAAGACGAAGGAUAAGAGGAACCACGAGCUGUCCACGUUGUCCGAGGUAGCUCGAGUACCAAAGGGGGCUGAGUGGCUUUGGCAUCCUCAGAUAGUUGGGUUGUAUAACCAAGUGCUGCAAAACUACGAGAUGAACAACACUACCCGUGAGGCUGCAGCUGGGGCCUUACAGAACAUCACAGCAGGGGAAGGCCGGUGGGCGUCGGUGUUGAGUCGUGUAGCUCUGGAACAGGAGCGGAUGCUACCUGUGAUUCUGGAUCAUUUGAGAACCCCAACCGACGCUGAGCUGCGUUCUCUCACCGGUCUUUUGAGGAAUCUGUCUCGGCACUCCAAGGACAAGGCCGAUAUGGCUACGAAAGUGGUGAAUAUCCUGGUGCCCAAGCUGCCUAGUGAUGGGCAUCAGAAAGAGCCAUCUAAUGAUGUGGUGAUCAACAUCUGUGGCAUUCUCAAUAACCUGGUCAUGGCGAGUUCACUGGCUGCAAGAGACGUGACUUACUUUGAUGGCCUGCCCAAACUGGUUGGAAUCAAGAUGUCUCAUGAUAACAGUCCAGGGAAGGUGAAGGCAGCUAAGGCCGCCUCCACAGUGCUGUGUAACAUGUUUCAGUACACCAAGCUCCAUAAAGACUACAAGAAGGUGAGACUGAUAUUACAGUUUCAAAGACUUUUUUUUUUUUUCUUUCAAAUACAAAGGGUUUGUGGAAAGUGCAGGUCCACAGAACAGACGGUGCAUUAAGAGAUAUUGACUGGUGUAUUGCUGGACAUGGUCAUAUUUCUGUUGCAUAGGUGUGGUUUAUUUUGCCCUGUUGCUCAUCCUACAAGGCUUGUCAGCCUUUUCUUCAGUUAUGUAACCAAGUUUAUUGACCAUUUACCCAAAACAUGUUACUGAUUAACGUUUUAUAAUAUCCUCUACAAAUGUGCAAAACAAACAAAGAGGAAGCUUUACGCACAUACUUCUAUGACUCUUGACACAUUGAUGUGCAACAGCUUAAUUUAAUGCUGUAUAUUAUACUAUAAUUAACUCACUGUUACAUUUUUAUUUCACUUUACUAUGGCAUAUUUUGUACCCAUGCAUUCUUGAAUGCCUAUUAUACUACUGCAUUGUUGAAUUCUUGAUUUAGGUUCACCAGAUGACUGAUUCAUUUUCUAGCAGCUCUAACAGUAGUUUGGCUGUAAGGCAAAUCACAGGUUUAUAUAUUAAUGUGCUCUUUCUAAUAUAUUAUAGUUUCUGUAGUAACAACAAUAAUAACACAAGGAUUUGUUUGGCAGAUGCUCCACAUAUCUGAUUAAAAACAUUUGGAAUCAUAUCUUUAGGAUAGAUGGUGUUGCACAUUGCGUCUUUUUUUUUUGUAAUAUAACAAGUUGCAUUUUUUUUUUGUUUUAACUUACACAGAGGGACAAAAUAGAGGCUGGUGAGGGAAUAAUUGUUUAUAGCUGUUUCUACAGUGAUAACAGAUGAAUUUGUUUUGCAGAUGUUCCACAACAUUAACUAUAAACAGAUGAAAAGUACAUCAUUCUUUAAUUAAAAAAAAAAACAUUCAAAAUGGGAUGAUGGGAUAUGGUGGUAUAGGAAUAUAAUACAUUUCAGCGUGAAAACAGUAAUUCUACUUCAUGUUGCAUCACUACCGUAUCAUUGACUAUUUUUCAAUAACAGCACAUCCCAAGUUUUUUUUUUAUUGCUUACUUAACCCUCCUAUUAUGUUAUGGAUCAAUUUGACCAAUUUCCAUAUUUGAGACGUCUGAAACACGGGUUAAUCUCUCUCUUUCAUUUUGAAUUUUUUUUUGACAUUCCUCAUUUAGGGUCAUGAACUUGUAUGCAAAUAUUUUUUCUUAUGGCUUGUCCGAGACAAUCCAUAAUAAAGGUUUACUGUUUUAAGCUGUUCUGUGCUGUUUUUGUGUGUAUUUAAACUGUGGAAGUCAUUUUGACCAAUAACAUAAACGAUGUACUUUUUUUCAAACAUAAUAGGAGGGUUAAUGAACAGACGUCCUAUUCAUUGUUUCUUUUUUGAGUAGAACGUACUGAAUCAAAGGAACUGUCUUUUAAUGGUUGAUAUGAGCUCGCUGUAUUUGAACAGCAUAAUAGGAUCAAAUUUGUGCUUCCAAAAGACAUUUGUGAAGUUGCCACUGUUUUUGAGCAACACUACACUGAGCACAUUUCCCACAUGAUUCACUUUGACUCAUAAUGGCUUUGGGUAGAUAAGUGCGGUGUGUGGAAUGUGACAAAGGAAUGCACAAAGCAUUGUUCCACCCAGUCAGCAUAGCCUGUCUGUUAGCGCUGAAGCAGUAAUCUUCAUGGUUCAACAAUAGCCAACAACUUUCAUUGCAAGCUUGUGUACUAUCUGCCUGCAAUGCUAUAGGGCUUUCACUGGGUGUGGAUGAAUAAGUUUGCCACUGAUUUUGUCCCAAUGUUUUAUUCCAGUUUGAAGAAUUGACAUGGAUACUGUUGAAAUUAUAUAUAAUUAUGUAUAUAAUUAUAAAGUUGAGUGCAAAUGUUUGCAUUCCUCUUGACGUACUUUAGUUAAUUUAUUUGAAUGUGCCUUAUUAAGGCAACUAAAACAGUCAAUACAUUUACUGUGUCAAGUCGUAUUUAAGGCAUGGAAAGUUCAAACAGAUAAAAACUCUCUAGCAGUAAGCUGUGAGAGGUCGUGUCACUGGGGUCAUAAAAACAGCUAUCACAAGACCUACUACAGAUAAUACUGAAUUUUCACAGAGCUGAAGAAGUGAGCAUUUUGGAAGAGUUUUGGAAGACCCAAAGUGUGUGUUGUGUGGGGUGUUAGAGUGUUUUGGAAGACCCAUACUAAUGAUGGAGAACCUUUAAAUUCAUAAAUAUAAAAGGCAUUAUCAGUAAGAACAAAAGUAACACCCGGAUUUGACAAAUUGACAGAUUUCUUAGAGAAAAGUAUAUUAAGCUCCAUAUUUAUAUUCACACAGUAACUAAUUUAUAUAUAUAUAUAUAUAUAUAUAUAUAUAUAUAUAUUGUGUGUGUGUGUGUGUGUGUAUGUAUGUGUAUAUAUAUUAUGUAUGUGUAUAUAAUAUAAAUAUAUAUGUAUGUAUGUAUGUGUGUGUGUGUGUAUGUGUGUAUUGCUGAACAAACAAUAAAAUUGUGUUUUCUGUGAGCAGUUCUUUACUGUUGUACCUUCUUU